AUGAGAGGAGUAAUGAGGCAACGAAUGCUGAAUCCGGACCACUGGCCAAUGCUCCUCUGUCUCCAGCUGCAGUGGCAGAUUGGUGAGGGCAAGUGUAUCAAGGACAAUUAUGUAAUCAAUGUGAUGCAGCAGAAUCAAUCAGACCUUCCAUGGACCUUCGAUAAAAUAAAACCAGCUGUGCAGCUGGGACUACGUAUUGUAGAAGAGCAGCUGCAGAAGGCAGGAGAAAAUGUGACAAUCAAUGCCACCUACCAUAGCUUCAACACAUCACUGUAUGUCUCACAGGGCUGUAGCACUACCACCUGUGAAGGUGUGGAGGUCAUCAAGCAACUCCAUAAUAGCGACACACUUGGCUGCGUUGUCCUGGGACCCAUUUGUACUCAUGCCACGUACCAGAUGGUCUCCUUUGACACAAUAUUGGGCAUCCCUCUGAUCUCUGCAGGGAGCUUUGGGCUGUCAUGUGACUAUAAAGACAACCUAACUCGAAUCCUGACUCCAGCCAGGAAACUGAUCUACUUCUUCGUUGAUUUCUGGAAAAAGUCCAAUUUGCCAUUCAAAACCAGCUCCUGGGAAUCCACCUACCUCUAUAAGACAGAUAACACCACAGAAGACUGCUUCUGGUACCUUAAUGCACUGGAGGCUGGAGUUUCAUACUUCUCUUCAGAGGUGAAGUUCAAAGAGGUUUUAAGGACACCAGAACAAUUAAAGAAAAUUGUGAAGGAUCAGAGCCGGAAAAGCAAUGUGAUCAUCAUGUGUGGCUCCCCAGCUAAGGUCAAGACAAUCCUAGGGGAAGAGAAAGUGGAUGAGGACAUAGUCAUCAUCCUGGUGGAUCUUCACAAUAACAUCUACUUUCAGAACACCACCAAAUCAGACAGUUAUAUGCGGAAUGUCCUUGUCUUGACGCUGCCACCACCCAGUUACACACCGAAUUCCAUGAAUUCCACAGAAGAAUACCUGCUGAAUAAUGACUAUAUUGUCGGCUAUUUGGAUGGAGUCUUGCUCUUUGGACACGUCCUGAAGAAACUUCUAAUCUCCCAACAGCCAAUCAAGAGUCCCACUGAUUUCAUUGAACAGUUUCGGAACGUCACGUUUAAAGGUGCAUUGGGUCCAGUGACCCUGGAUGAAUUUGGAGAUCUUGAUGUCAAUUUGUCUCUGUUGUAUACAUCAGUAGAUUCCUAUCAAUUCCAGACCCUCCUGCAGUAUGACACUCAUCAGAAUGAGACAAAACCAAUGACUACCAGCCCAUCUUUCAUCUGGAGGAACCAGAAGCUUCCUAAUGACAUUCCAAGCACCGGCCCGCACAUCCUGACUAUCGCUGUCUUUGCACUCACUGGGACCGUGGUGUUGGUUCUGAUCAUCGUUCUGCUAGUGUUGAGAAAGUACAGGAGAGAUAUUGCAUUUCGGCAGAAGAAAUGGUCUCACAUCCCCCCUGACAAGAUCCUGCCUCUGGAGACCAAUGAGACAAGCCAUGUCAGUCUGAAGAUUGAUGAAGACAAGAGGCGUGACACAAUCCAGAGACUGCGCCAAGCCAAAUAUGACAAGAAGGUGGUGAUCCUGAAAGAUCUCAAACACAAUGAUGGGAAUUUCACAGAGAAAGAAAAGAUAGAACUGAACAAGCUCCUCCAGAUCGACUACUACAACCUGACAAAGUUCUAUGGCACAGUGAAGAUGGACACGAUGAUCUUUGGGGUGACUGAAUACUGUGAAAGAGGAUCAUUGCGGGAUGUCUUAAAUGAUAAGAUCUCCUACCCAGAUGGCACCUUCAUGGACUGGGAGUUUAAAAUCUCUGUCAUGUAUGAUAUUGCCAAGGGAAUGUCCUACCUGCACUCAAGCAAAACUGAGGUCCAUGGCCGCCUCAAGUCCACAAACUGUGUAGUGGACAGCCGCAUGGUGGUGAAGAUCACUGAUUUUGGCUGCAAUUCCAUUCUUCCUCCAAGGAAAGAUCUGUGGACAGCUCCUGAACACCUUCGUCAUGCUGAUGUGUCUCAGAAAGGUGAUGUGUACAGCUAUGGAAUCAUUGCACAGGAGAUCAUCUUGCGCAGGGAGACCUUCUACACUAACUGCUGCUGGGACCAUAAAGGAUUUGACAAAUCAAAAUUUUGGAUGAAAAACUUUGUCAAAAAAUUCCUGACCAGCUCUGCAGCAAAGGGGGAUAUGAGAAAUGUCUACAAUUACUUUAAGGGCAUGAACACGAAGGGCCAGACCUUCACAGAGAAACUUUACAGAGUGGAGAGUGGCAAAGGAGUUAGACCCUUCCGCCCAGACCUGGUCCCAGAGACUGCAGGAGAAGGAGAGCUGGAAGUGUAUAUGCUUGUAAAAAGUUGCUGGGAGGAAGAUCCAGAGAAAAGGCCUGACUUUAAGAAAAUUGAGAGCACUCUUGCUAAAAUAUUCAGUAACUACCAUGGUCAGACCAAUGAAAGCUACAUGGAUACCUUGAUCCGGCGUCUGCAGCUGUAUUCGCGGAACCUAGAGCAUCUGGUAGAGGAGAGGACGGAGCUCUACAAGGCAGAAAGGGACAGAGCGGACAGGCUUAACUUCAUGCUGCUCCCACGGCCAGUGGUAAAAUCUUUGAAGGAAACUGGGAGGGUAGAGCCAGAGCUGUUUGAAGCAGUAACCAUCUACUUCAGCGACAUUGUCGGCUUCACAACGCUAUGCAAAUACAGCACCCCCAUGGAAGUGGUGGACAUGCUCAAUGACAUCUAUAAGAACUUUGACCACAUUCUUGACCAUCAUGAUGUUUACAAGGUGGAGACCAUUGGUGAUGCGUACAUGGUGGUGAGUGGCUUACCAAAGAGAAAUGGCAACCGCCAUGCAGUGGACAUCUGUAUGAUGGCACUGGAUAUCCUUAGUUUCAUGGGGUCCUUUGAAUUACGACAUCUUCCAGGCCUGCCUGUUUGGAUUCGCAUUGGGAUUCACUCUGGUCCAUGUGCGGCUGGUGUGGUUGGGAUUAAGAUGCCUCGUUACUGUUUAUUUGGAGACACGGUUAACACAGCUUCAAGGAUGGAAUCCACAGGUUUACCUUUACGGAUUCAUGUAAGUGGGUCUACUAUCACCAUCCUGAAGAGGACAGACUGGCAUUUCCAGUAUAAAAUGAGAGGAAAGACGUACCUGAAGGGCAAAGGAACUGAGAUUACCUAUUGGCUGACAGGGGUGAAGGACCAGCAGUAUAAUCUCCCAACACCUCCUUCUGUGGAGAAUCAGCAGCGGUUGCGAGAUGACUUAGCGGGGAUGAUAACAGAGUGUCUGGAGAAAAAGCAAACUGAAGGGGUCCUGGUGCGUGAGCCUUCCCGGGUGGCCAGCUACCGAAAAGGCACCCUAGAGUACCUGCAGUUGGCCACCACAGAAAACUCCAGCACCUAUCAGUAA